AUGCGCCUUGCCUCCUGCCUCGGAAAGCGACAACAGCACACUCUGAGACUAGCGCACAGCCAGCGAGACACCAUCUAUGCGAGCUCGACUGCGCCGGGCAAAGCGGCCAUCGCUAUCGUCCGCAUCUCGGGCAGUGAUGCUCUCCAAGUCUGGCAUCAGAUGACUCGCUCCCCUAAGGCUCAUCGAGCGCCCCCCGUGCGACCACCUGUACCGAGAAGAGCAAGCCUGAGGCAAGUGGUUGAUCCAGUCACGCAAGAUCCACUUGAUGAGGCGCUCGUGCUCUACUUCCCUCCAGGCAGCGUGGCUCUGACGGGUCAAGAUCUUGUCGAGCUGCAUCUCCAUGGCAGUCGUGCAGUCACGCGAGCAGUGCUCGAGGCCCUGUCCAAGCUCUCCGAUCACUUUCGGCCUGCAGAGCCAGGGGAGUUCACUCAGAGAGCAUACGAGUCUGGCAAGAUGGAUCUGACGGCAGUCGAAGGCUUACGUGAUCUCAUAGAGAGCGAGACCGAAGCACAGCGACAGCUCGCACUUGCACAGGCGACUGGCAGUCUGCACAAGCAGUACGAGCUCAUACGACAGCAACUGAUAGAGGCAAUGGCGCUCAUCGAAGCUAUCAUCGACUUUGGCGAGGACGAGAACAUAGAGGAUGGCGUCAUCGAUCUGGCGCGCGCCAAGGUCGCCUCUUUGCGCGAAACCCUACAAGCUCGCUUGACCCGGUCGAGAAGCAGCGAGAUCGUUCGUCAAGGCAUCCGUGUGGCUAUACUGGGUCCGCCCAAUGCUGGCAAAUCGACGCUGUUCAAUUGGCUAGUCCAGAGGGAAGCCUCCAUCGUCACAGCUCAUCCUGGCACAACGCGCGACAUCAUACAGACUUCACUCGACUUCCACGGCUACCCGCUCGUCCUCCUCGACACUGCUGGGCUGCGACAAGGUCAAGACGUGCACGAAGUCGAACAGAUCGGCAUUACUCGCGCUCUAGAGGCGGCAAGCUCGGCCGAUCUGAAGCUUUGCGUACUACCUCUCGACCAGCCCACUGCCAUUCCCCGCCUUGUAUCAAGCUCGACGGAAGAUGCGCUCGUUGUCUUCACCAAAAGCGACUUGGUCGAUAGUACUUCGGCGGCAUCACAAGUGGCGCGCUACUGCGCUCUCUACGAUAUCCGGGGCUCGCACUGUGUCGUGAGCGUCAAGACCGGCGACGGACUCUUCGAUCUGUCACAAUUUCUCCAGAGAUGUUGCGAAUCCCGCUUCGGACAGCAUCAACCAGAGGCGCCUCUGGUGACGCAAGCCCGGCAUCGGCAUCAUCUCGAGGACUGCCUCGCCUGCCUUGCUGCAUUCGAAGCCUCUUGCAACGAAGAGGGCAUCGUACUCGCAGCGGAAGAACUUCGCUAUGCUGCUCAAGCGAUAGGACGGAUCACAGGUCGUGUCGAGGCAGAAGAGGUGCUGGGUCAAAUCUUCAGCAGCUUUUGUAUAGGCAAGUAG